CAUUGAAUAGUUGUGCUUUCUAACCUAACACGAUUCAUUUUUUUUAUAAAUCACACAGCAAUCUGUUGCUUGAUUAUAAUAAGAAAUUAAGGAAAUAAUCUUUUUUUGACACAAUGGCUGAAGCAAUGCGUCAAACCGUAGCUGGAAUGUUAAAAGGCAUCGAAAGAUACAAUCCAGAACAUUUAGCGACUCUGGAAAAAUAUGUUGAAAUACAAUCCAGAGAAAAUGCAUAUGAUUUAGAGGCCAAUUUAGCAGUUUUGAAACUGUAUCAAUUGAAUCCACACAGAUUUAACAUGGAUAUUACUUGUCAAAUAUUGUUAAAGGCUUUGACAAAUCUUCCUCACACUGAUUUUGUUCUUUGCAAAUGUCUUCUCAGUGAAAGAAUUAUGCAGGAAAGUCCUAUUAAUCAAAUUAUGUAUUUAGGAGAUAUAUUAGAACAAUGUGACUUUCAACAUUUUUGGGAUAGAGUCCUUUCCAUGUCUGAUCUCUGUGAUAGGAUUGUAGGAUUUCAAGAUUCAAUAAGAAAAUUUGUUUGCCAUGUAGUGGGAAUCACAUUUCAGACAAUAGACAAAAAUCUAUUAGCACAACUUCUUGGGGGUGUUGAUGGUAAUUCUGUUUUUACAUUUAUUAAAUAUUUUGAAAGAGAAUUGGCGUUUGUGUACUUUAAAUGA